AUGGUACAAAUUAAUUUCAAAAGCUGGUUUAAGCCCAUAAAAGCUACUGAAAAGGAGAAGAAGGUUACAAUAAAUCCUUCUUCUAUCGCUUCUGUCCCUCCUGUGGCUCUUGCAGCUACUUCCCUGGCAGCAGCCGAAUCUAAUGAAACCGAAGGAACUCUCACUACUCCCCAGUCUAUUGGCACCAAUACUGGUGAUGGUACUGAUGGCAAAAGAAUUAAUUCAGCUCAUGAUAAAAAUGGAUCUGAAUAUUCUUCUUCAAGCAAAAAUAAUGCUACCGCAGAAGCUGUCUCUAAUUCUCUUGUUGCUGUUUCCACUGUCACUGGCGCUAAAGUAUCAAAGAAAGACCCUGCCUAUCCUGGUGUUUAUCAUGGAACUUCCAGCCAUAGAGUUAGUCGGACUAUAAGGAAGUUCUUCAAAAAAGCCUGGUGGAACAAGGAGAAAGGAAAUGCGGAAGGAGAAAACGGUGGUUCUGAAACUUCAGUGUCUGACACCACUUCUUUCUCAAGUGCUUCUGAAUGGGAAGAUCCAUACGGUAACCCUAUCCUCAGAAAGAGAGAUUACAUGCUAAUGAUCUUAAAAGAAGCCGCUGGUAAGGAAGGGUUUAUUUCCUCCAUUGAUAUCGAAAAACAAAUUGGCUUUGCCAAUAGGUAUCAUAAAAUUAGAAGAUGGAAGAAUAAAGAUUUUAAGUUUCCUAACUCUCAUUCCACUGAAGGAGUAUACAAGCCAUGGGAAUUGGUUCCAGGAUUUUGCGAAAAGUCUGAAGAUCAACCAACUGUUGGAAGGGAAUUGACCUGUGCUUCAAAUGGUGUUGUUAUAUCUUCACAAAAAAGUGAACCACGAAUCUCUCUACCUAGAAGUUCUCCUAUUGCUGGUUGUAGUACUGAGCUUAGGGAACGUGAUAUUGUUUCUGUUUCAUCUAAUCCUGUUUUCUCCACCGAUAUUGUUCCUGUUGAGCCUGUAGCCGCUGUUUCCUCUGUUAAAGGCACCCCAGUAGUGCCGACAGUCCUUCCUGCUACCGCUGAAAGUACUGCCAGUGAUUCUGUCGCCACCGAAGCACCUCUGCUUCCUUCUGAUUUCAUCUCUAGAUUUGCUCCCAUCCAGCCUGCUGCUCAAGAAGACCUUCAAGAACUUGCUAGAGUUUUUGAAACCAAUGAACCCAGAUCUAUAAUUGAAAACGACAGUUCUAGGUUUGCUCCAAGAAAUAGAACUCCUCAACAGAAUCUUGAAGAUGCCGUCAAGUUAUUUGUCUCCUACAAUGGUGAUGAGACCAAAGUUGAUCCUCCACUUCCCCAGGAUGUAGAAUAUUCUAGUUUUGGAGAGCAACAGCAAAAUCUUUAUGACUCUGAAGUUGUGCACGAUGAUGUUACUGUGGUUUCUCCCAAUCUUGACGAUGAUUGUCCACACUCUCUCAGAUUCUUCCCCGAUGACCCACCACCAGAGAGAAUAUCUGUGUCUCGCCACAAUGAUAACGGCGAUGUUUCGAUCAGCUCUUGUGUAGAGUUAGGUGCAUCUGUGCCUUCUAAUGGUGUGAGAAACUAUCCUUAUUAUCAUAGCACUAAUGGAAUUGAAGCUUCAGUAUCUUCUCAAUCGGCGGUUAUGCUUCCACUAACAUUUGAACAAUCACCAGUAGAACCAACAACCUUCGUCUUUGACGUAAAUAUGCAACAGAAUAUUGAGGCCAUCGUUUCUUCCAGGGACAAUUCAAUAUGUCUACCUCUCGAUGACGUUUGUAAAAAGUCGUCUACAAUUUCAUCUUCUGGUUUUGUAUACGAUAUCAAUGUUCAUAAAAACAUUGAAGCUAUUAUUGGAUCUGAGCACUUCGAAGAAUAUGUACCCAAAAGUGCUGACUGGCAUGACUACGAAGUCGUCUUGCCUAAGAGAGGUUGCGCUGGUGCCAAUGAUAUAAAGGAAAAGGGACCUAUAAUUUCACACUAUCCUAGUUUGCAGUCCACUUUAAGUACCGAGGAAUUAUCGGAAGUGAAAUCCCCAGAUUACUAUGACGCCGAGAACGAACCUAUUUCAAUGGAUCCUGAUGGAAAGGAACGUCGACGGAGUUUUGAGACGAUUAUCCAUUACAGCCUAAAACCAGUUGCUAUUGAUACUGCAUCUCCACAAUUCGAUGAGGAUUUUGAUGUGUCGGAUCUCAAGAUCGAUGAUGAUGAACAAGAGUCACCUUUGUCUAAUGUUUGUGCUGAUACUUUUCUACAAAAGAAAGAUUUGGGAUCAUUGUUUGAUGCUGCUGCUAAAAUUCAAAACAGUAAUCAUGUUAAUACAGAUAAUACGGCUGUUCUACCUAUCCCGGGUCAUGCUGUAAUUAUGAACACUCUACUAGCCGCCGAUGUGCCUGCUCAAAUUGAGUCAAAUAAUGUGAGACCUAUCAUUACUGUCCAUGAUGAUGAUUUGGAACCAUGCGUUCCUCUUUCAGAAGAUGAUGAUGACGAGGAUGAGGAUGGUGACAGCGUGGCUAUCGCGUAUCAUGAAGGUCGGAUUGGUGAACCCAUUGCAGAAUUAAAAAAUACGCAUUUAUCUGCCCCAGUUCAACAAUUGGCACCUACACCUAAAAAUCAAGCCAAUUUUGAUAAGUUAGAUGUUGAUCUUUUUUCGAAAGUGGAGAAUCUUAUGUCUCCACAUAAUGGAAUUGGAGCGUCAAUCAACCAGGAAGUUCCAGGACUCGGUGCAUAUAGAAACAAUAACCAUAUUGAGCAGGAGUUGAAUUACGAUGAAAUCAUACGCCUUAUCUUUAGAGAAGAUUCACUUCAGGAAGAUGUCUACCAUCCCGAAACAGCCACAGAAAUCGGUGAUGAUGAUUACGAUGUUUCAAUGUCUACCGAGGAAGAAUUCGAAGAUGAGGACGAAGAUUCUGAGGAGGAGGAUGAGGAUGAAAGCUCUUGGAAUUUAACAAGCUCCUUCUGCUCACAUAGAGUGCCUUCAUUCGUUGAUGGAUUGUUUGGAGAUCUAGAGUAUGGAUCGGAGCGACCUAAUCAUAUAUUGGAUGCACCUGUAGAGAAUGGACUACAACAGGUUUCACGACACGGAGAUAAUUUUGAAAUAUCCCCACAAAUAGAAUUGAAACAGCAAUCGCCGAUGCCACUUCCUGUAGAACUAAAGGAAGAGCCGCCAGCACUGAUAGUUUCGACAGAGAGGGAAUCAGUUGCGACGCAUAGUCCAUUAGAAAGCCUUUGUUUUGUUCAUUGGCCUAUUGUGAAAGAAAACUGGGUAGCCAAAACUUUAGGCGAAUACUGUCCGCUGAAUUUUAGAAACAACAUUAGGUUCAAUUAUGAUAGUUCCGAAUUCAAAAUCCGCCAGUACUAUAUGACGACCAAAGCCAUUUUACAAGAACAGUAUAAUACUCGUCGUAAAUUGAUUUUUUCACCAAAACCUGGUAAAUGGUUAAAUUUUGAAUGGGAAACAGAUAUUCUGGAUGUCGUUGAUGAUUUCAUUCGGAUUAAUAGAAAUCUUUACCCCAUGUUUAAAGGACCACGAAUUGUUCAACGGAAACACUUGAUUAGACGUUGGAAAAAUAGGGAGAGAGAUCGUUUGAUUGUUCUGGAACAAUUGUUAGAUUAUUGGAGGGAAGAUCCAGCGGCUAUCGAUCAAUUGAAAUUGGAAAAACAAUCAACACGACCACUUCAGCAACAUUCUCCUUCUAUCAGCAAUGUUGAAGCUCCUGAACGACCACCUUUAAAAUUAGUGUUAUCGAAAAUUUUCGAAAGGAUGACAAUGGAUGUUGCACAUAAGAGGUUAGGUCGUCCGCCUCGUGAUGGCAGUUCUGUAGUUCUUCUGAAGAAGGGACCUCCUUUAGGAAUUGACUACUUUGGUUACAAAAGGGAUAAAGCUAGAGAGUGGGUCAAUAACAUACUAUUAAAGUUGUAA